AUGGAAGCACGAAAUGAUGCACGUGAAGAUUAUUUCAGUGAUAAUCGGUGGAAUGAUUUGCAAGAAUGGUUUGCAUCAGAAUCGAGGGACAAAGAAGCAGAUGUUGUCUUCAUUGGUGAUGACCAUAUCGCUUUUCUUGAACAAACUUCGAUUUAUCGUGAAAGUAUUGCCCCAAUGCAUUGCUUGUGUUUUGGAGCAAUUGGUGAUAGGAUCACAAAUUUAUUAUGGCGAUUAAAUAAUAAUAUUCUGGAAGGAUUAGAUCCAAAGGUAAUUGUGGUUUCAAUUGGUAAUUCGGAUUAUAAUUUAAAUAAAAAUGAAAUGCUUGAAGGUUUAAAGUGCGUGGCUGGCACGGUCAAGUCGCAAAAGCCUAAUGCAAGGCUGUAUUUCCUGAAACUUCUUCCCAGCGGACGAAGGCCCAACAAACGCCGAGAUUUUGUAAAUUGUGUUAACGAUGAGUUGGAGAAAAUAUUAAGUGGAAUCGCUGAAGUCAUUGAUAUCGAGCCAUCAAUUCAAGGUGCGAAUGAACAUAUUGAUGCUCAUGAUAUGUUUGAUUAUGUACAUUUAACACAGGAAGGAUAUCGAAAAAUAUUCGAGCCAGUUCUAGUAGCUGUCUCCGCUGCUUUAAAUCCCGAUCAAUAG